UCCGUAGCAUGUACGAACACUGCAGUCGCGUGCUUGUACUCAUAGCGGUCGAAUUGGAGUCAGUGACGUGCGUGUGUCAUUGCGUUUUCUUCAAAGAAGAACGUCCUCUCUUUGUAGCAUUGUUUCUCGCCGAAUUGACGUGCGUCUCUAUCUCUCUCUUUCUCUUUCUCUUUCUCUCUCUUUCACCCCCUUUCCUCUUCCUCUCCCUACGUCUGUCUCUCUAUCCUUUUCCGUUUGUCUAUCUGCCUGUCUCUCUCGUACGUAACACGGUUCUCCUUCCUCCUUGGACAAUCGAAGACAGAAAACGCGCUUUCGAGACUAAAGAAAGAUGGAAAAGAGGAUAAAGGCUCGAACGAAAAAGAAAGUAAAAGAGGCAGAGGGACGAUAAAAAGAAGGAAGGAGGAGGGGGGAAGGAGGGAAAGAAAGAGAGAGAAAGAAUUGAAAGUGGAUGGGUGAUAAGAUGCGAGAGAGGGAGAGAAAGAGACGAAUAUGCUCGGACGGUGACGAAUGGUAAAGAGUGCAACGAAGACAGCGAUCGGUCGCGCUUUCGCGAGAGGCGAGGCUAAACAGACAGAAGUUGUUUGUGGAUCCGCGACUAUUUUCUCUUUGCUUCUCUCUUCAGGGAUCUGAUAUCUGCGAUCUCGCGAUUUUUCCCUCGUCGUAUUCGCGCUCAUUUUAACGUACGUACGUGAUGCGGUAAAAGGAGAAGAGCAAAGUGAGACGUGUUACACGUGUGUGAGUGCAUAUGAGAGUGCCAUCCGCGAGAUUUCGAGGACCCGGGGGAGAGAUCCUGCCCGAAAACUUCGACGCUCCGCACCUCGUCAUGCGUAUCUCGAGCAGGCAACGACUUCAACUAUGAAGUUACAGCAAACUUUCGCGCAUUUUAUCGCGUCAAUAUGCGAUAAAAAAAGGCUGUGAUUACUUAACUUUUUCAUCAAUAUAAAUCUCUUAAAUCGAUUGAUUAAUUUAGUAUCAAAUAUGAUAUGAAACCAUUGAUUUCUUCCUUUGAAGAUUUUCCAACGAUCGAUAUAUCGAUACGAACUUUUCUCAUUCUUUAAUUGAAAGAAUUAAGGAUUGAAUUUGCAAUACGGCAGACUCUGAUCCGAAAGAUAUAUGUUUCAUCACCGAGAAGCCGCUAGGAAGAAGAUAAACCAUAAUUAAGCGAAUUCAAAAACUGAAAAGCAACAACAAAGAGACGCCCAACGUUGUCCGGAGGAAGCAUUCGAUAUCACGGAGUAAGUAAGAUCUCCGAUCACGGUGGCCAGUCUAGUAAGUGGCAAGGUAGCAGCGCUAUAUAAUGAAGGGUCGGAGGUUAUUGUUACGGGGGAUGUCAUCCUGGCAGCCUCACCCAGGUUAAAAGCAACGAUUAAUCCAUCAACCACGACGACGACGACGACAGAACCGACGAUAACAACCUCCAGCAUGGAUACCAGCGGCGAUUCGAGUCUCGACGCCGCUAAUGGCACCGCUGCAAGCGUUGCCGCAAUCGCCUCCGUCGUCGGCAGCGCCGCAUCCUUGACGAUUAAGGCCGAGAGACCCGAUCUGGCGGGAACGUCGACGUCGCCUGCCCUGGCUGCUGGACCGAUCAGUACCGGAAGUAGCCUCUUCACCGGUAUAGCCAAUAGCAAUAAGACGACUAGACCGGACGAUUGGCUGGCGACGAAUAGUCCGGAAUCGCCGCAGAGCUCCCUGCAGAGUCAGCACGUGGUCUAUACCUCUGGCUCUCAGCAAUUGUCGGAGCCUCCUGUAGCGCACUCCAGUCCGCAUCAGCAAGUUAGCAAUAAUGGAUACGCGAGUCCCAUGAGCACAGGCAGUUAUGAUCCGUAUAGUCCCAACGGUAAAAUAGGUAGGGACGAACUGUCUCAAUCGGGUUCGAUAAACGGCUACGCAAAUAAUUCCGGGGGUGGUAAUGGCGGUGGUGGCGGUGGCAGUGGAAGUGGUAGCGAAGGAUGUGAUUCAAAGAAAAGAAAAGGACCCACGCCACGGCAACAGGAAGAAUUGUGCCUUGUAUGCGGCGAUCGUGCGUCCGGUUAUCACUAUAACGCCCUGACGUGCGAGGGUUGCAAGGGAUUUUUCAGACGCAGCAUCACCAGGAACGCUGUAUACCAGUGCAAGUAUGGCAAUGGCUGCGAAAUCGACAUGUAUAUGCGCCGCAAGUGUCAGGAGUGUAGACUAAAGAAGUGCUUGACGGUCGGUAUGAGACCAGAAUGCGUCGUGCCCGAGUACCAAUGUGCGGUAAAGAGAAAGGAGAAGAAAGCACAGAAGGAAAAGGACAAACCGAAUAGUACGACGAUGAAUGGUUCACCAGGCAGCGCUGGAAUGGGUGAACAGGUGGGCGUAAAAAUGGAACCCGCGGAAGCCGAGUCAUUAUCCAUGUCUGGAAGUAGUGGCAUUCUCACUCCUGUCAGUCCUUAUACUUGUGUCAAGCCUAUUAGUCCUGAACAAGAGGAACUAAUAAACAGGCUUGUGUCUUUCCAAUGUGAAUUUGAGCAACCAAGCGAGGACGACCUGAAAAGGAUUACCAAUCAACCAAUGGAGGGUGAAGAUCCGAGUGAUUACAGUUUCAGGCACAUCACUGAAAUUACGAUUCUGACUGUUCAGUUGAUUGUUGAGUUCUCGAAGAGGUUACCUGGCUUCAACGAGUUAAUGCGUGAAGAUCAGAUUACUUUGUUGAAAGCAUGUUCCAGUGAAGUGAUGAUGCUACGAAUGGCAAGAAAGUAUGACAUAAAUACCGAUAGCAUCAUUUUUGCUAACAAUCAACCAUAUACGCGUGACAGUUACAAUGUUGCCGGAAUGGGAGAUACCAUUGAAGAUCUUUUACGAUUUUGCCGUCAAAUGUAUGCCAUGAGGGUCAACAAUGCCGAGUACGCUUUACUCACCGCUAUCGUCAUUUUUUCAGAACGACCCAAUUUAGUGGAAUGCAAAAAGGUGGAAAAGCUUCAAGAAAUUUAUUUGAAAACAUUAAAAGCGUACGUGGAUAAUCGUCGUCGGCCGAAGUCUGGUACGAUCUUCGCUAAGCUCCUGUCAGUUUUAACCGAACUUAGAACCCUUGGCAAUCAAAACAGUGAGAUGUGCUUGAACUUGAAAUUUAAGAACAAGAAGCUGCCAGUUUUCCUCGCCGAAAUCUGGGACGUCCCAGAUAAGGUGGUGAUGCCCUAGUUUCCCAGUCGCCGAUUAACGGCGAUUGCGCCGGUCGGCUGAACAAAUCUUUUGACGUCGUAAUAGCAGCAGCAGCAGCAGCGGCGGCAGCAGCAGCGGCAGCAACAGCAGCAGAGCAGCAGCAGCAGCAGCCAGCAGCGGCGGCGGCAGCAACGGCGUCGACGAUGGACGCAUGGACGUGGAAAACGGCCUGCGCGACUCUUGUACUAGUGCACCAUUAUGCCACUGCCUCACCGUCGCAAGUCAACAUAUUGUAUCAGACGCUGUUCUAGAUUCAUUACGAUCAUUUGUUCUUUCUCGCUGAUCGACCGCCUCUAGGUAUCAUCCUGGACUGAUCGAUCUUUAUAUGGUUUGUAAAGAUAAGCAUAAAUAAGCCGGCCCUGCACCACUCGCGUGUGGUUCACGUGCAAACAGUACUUUACAGAUAUACGGAUGUGAAACUGUGUGAAGAAGAGAGAGAAAAGCGUUAAAGAUUUACGGAAAUGAUGAGUUCAUUUAAGAGCAACAUAUUAAUGAGAAUAUACACGAUUAAAAAAAAGAAAAAAAAUAGAAAAAAAUACCUGUGAUAAAAGAGAUGAUUCAUAUAGUAAUAAGAAAUGGAAGAUUCAGAGAAUUGAGGCUUUAUGCUACCAAAGAUCCAUAACAUCAAAUAAACGUGGUAUCAAAUCAGUAUGAUUUAUAGAAACUGAUCUUUGGAGAAAAAUAUUUAGCCGUCUAUAUAUAACCUUCGUAGUAUUCAUAUUCUAUCAAAGAUUUUAUUUAAAUUGAGUCGCUCAGUUUUAAAACACGAGCCAAUCGUACCGAUAUUUUUUUUGCUCGCGAAAUUACAUAAUCUGUUAUUCGCAUAAAUAAAUCCACGCGAGCUACGUAGGGUCGGCUUGAAAAAAAGAAAACGCCCUGCAUAUUGGAAAUUACGUGUGGAAAUAUGUGCAUUUCGAACAGGAGCGGGAGAGGAAGCAUAAA